GAAAAAAGAAAAUGGCUAUCACGAAACUUAUAGCUGAAUUGGAACUUGAUGACGAGUCUCGUCGUCAACAGAGUGACAAAGUUGCUGUAGAACGAGCCAAAAAGUAUGAAAACCUAUACAAUGAACUGGUAUAUCUUAAAGAUGGAUCUUCAAAAUGUAUGAAUAGUAUAAUUAAAAAUUUAGAGCAACUAUUAGCUAAUAAAAGUACUAUUGAGACGAUUUUUGAUCAAACAGAUGAUCUCAUUGGUUUACCAAUACCUUAUGAAUAUCAUGUAGCUGCUGUUGACCUCGUAUCUAAAGUAACAGAAUUUAUAAAUAAUUCUACUAGUCAUCUUAAUACAUCAAAUUCGAUUUUAUCCAAUGAAAUACAGGAGAAUAUUAUAAAUGUUACCAACGGUGUUGCUGCUGAUUUCAAAGAGUGUCAUACAGAAGCUGCUCAAGCACAAGCACUUUAUUUCAAUACAAUGGCAUUAAAAAAUUUGAAAGACAUAUCUAGCAGUAAUGAAGAAUUUAACAAGUUUGAUUCGACGUAUACAGAAGCUUUCGAUUAGUUAUUAAAAUUUUAUAUGUUAUUCAAUUGUAUAUAAAGUAAAUUU